AUGGCCGGGAGCGGGUCCCGGGCGGUGCCGUCAGCGCGCUUCACUCUCAGACUUCCUCCGGGCUCUGCGGGGCCCUGGCAGCGCCAGCCGACACGUGUGGCACAGCGGGCUGGGUUGCAAAAUAUAUCCGGCACGGCAGUUGGUGAAGGAGUUAUGCAAUCACCGCCAACUUACGGAAACCACCUCGCUGAGCUCCUGGGAGGCGAGGAGCCUGGCGGUGCCGCCCUGGCCACAGGCUCAGGGCCGGAGAAUCGCGGAACAGACCUGGGGGCAGCUGGCCAUGGCCCCCACGUGCCCCCAACACGCGAGCCCACACACAAGCCCACGUCUUCUUCCAAACACCAAAGGGACGCCGCUCAGGGCUCAUCACGACAGUCCAGCCCGCCCACAGCCCAGUGUGACCCGGGCCCCUGGUCUUCUGGCCCGGGGCCCUGCACACCCACCCAGGCACAGGGACCGGCCUCCAGCCUCCACCGUCCAUCUCCUCCGGACGCCUGGGGCUCAGCCCUGCGUCCACCCGUCCACUCGGCCAGUGGUUGGAAGGAAACCUUCUGGCUGCAACAGUCUGGGAGUCUCGGUCCGCCAGGCCAGGAAGCUCCCCUCCCCCACCCUCGCCCGGGUCCGAGGCCAGCACUUCUGAGGCCGGAAGGGAAGAGGCAUGCCCAGCACCUGCAACAAAGUCCACGAGUCCUGCUCCCCAUCCUCACGAAGUCCCCCCACCCCAUCCUGGCCGUGACCGCCCCCCACGCCAGCCUGCCGGGCACGGCACGGAACAAACCCGGCAGACGACACCGUCAGAAAAGCAACUUAACCUGUGCGCUUCGGCACCCUCUGCGGUCCUUCGGCGUCCUCUGCAGCAUGGAAGGCCUCAGGCCCCACGAGGGGACAAAUGUUCGGCUUCAGGGACUGAUUCAGAAUUAUGCAAUCAGAAAAGUCUGCAGGGAAAUCCAGAUUUCAGCACGAGUUUUGAUGUUACUUUGAUUUGUGGGAAUGUUUUUAAACGAAAUGCACACGCUGCUUUGCUCCCAAGCACUACCCUCCACACGUGGCCUGCACGGCGAUGCCAGGGCCGCUGCUCUGCUUACCAGAGGCGGGCCCGAGGCCUGGACAGGGGGGCAGCUUGGCCAGAGGGGGACGGCUGCAGAACUGGGGUUCAGCCCCGCGUCUGCCUCAGGGCCUGGCUCCUAACCCACUCUGCACGCUGGGUCCUGAGGACCAACGCCCUCUGCUGACCACCCCUGCCACCCCUAAGGGUCCGCUCUCAAGAAGUCUUUUUCCAGAAGUGCGCAAGGGGGAGGCGUCUGUGUAUGUGUGUGUGUGUGAGUGUAAACUAUGAGUGCAUUGCACAUGUGCAUGUGCAAGUGAGCCCAUGUGUGAGUGGGUGGUGUGUGAGUGUGUAUAUGAAGUUGGGGUAUCAGUGUGUGAGUAUGCUGUGUGUGCAUGUGAGUGAGCGGAUGUGGAGGUGGGUAGUGAGUGGGUGUGUAUAUGAAGUUGGGGUGAGUGUGUGUGAGUGUGCUGGGUGUGCAUGGCAGCCCAGGGACUCCCGGAAGCGCUGGCAAGGAAAGAGGGCAGGGGCAGGGGUGAGACUUUGGGAUGGGCCUGAAAAAAUUAGAGAGUGAUUAGUCCACGCCGAAUUGUUUUUCUAAAAUCCUAAUGCAAACAGCAUGUGGGGCAGCGCCCAGAUGGUGCCCGGGAGCCCCCGGCGGGGUCCUCAGGAAACAGGUGCUCUGGGAAUGCUUCCUGCCGCCGGGCGCGGCGGGCGGCAGGCGAGCGAGGUGGGCCUGAGCUCCACCACCGUCAGGCAGCCCGUCCAGCUGAGUGGAAGCCACGGCAGCGGUCACGGCAGCACUGGCCGUGGCUGGACCAGGCCCCACCGCCCGCGGGCCCGGCCUCCCCAGUCACAGGACUGCAGCCCUGACUGGGGCCAGGUGGGGGGAGCUGGGCUGUGUCCACCCUGAGGGGCUGGCAAGAGGCUGGUGAGCAUCUUUACUUGGGAAAGCCAUUGCCCGUCUCUCCCAGGCGUGGCGCCCGCGGAUGGCCCUCCAGCGGCAGACACUCAGCCCUGUCCGCGCACCUCUUCCACAGACGUGGAACCUUCUGCUCCUUGUUCAUCCUUGCUUAUCUGAUAGAGGAAAAUGCCAUCUCCCAGGUGGGCGUCUCCAGCCAAAGAGGGGCACAGUCAUGCUUGUUUUAGGAAGACCGUGAUGGGGGCUAAGCCGAUGACAGCCUGGGGUACAGCCUGGAUUGUGUUCUGACACGAAAAACAUCUCAGCAACUUAAGCAGAUAAGGACUUAUUCUUUUCACAUAAUGAGAAAUCCAAAGUGUUCAGUGGCUGAACCAUGCUUGGGCUAAUAAAUUCUGUUUCUCUUUCCUCAUGGUCACAAGAUCACUGCUGUAGCUCCAGCCAAUAGGUUCCUGCUCUGUACUAUUUCAUCUUGUGAUACACAAUAAUGCUUGUGUGUGUGUGUGGCCUUUUGUUUUUUAAAGAUUGUUUUUGAUGUGGAGCACUUCCUUUUUUUUUUUUUUUUUUAAGUCUUUUGUUGAAUUAGUUGCAAUAUUGUUUCUGUUUUACGGUUUGGUGUUUUUGGCCAUGAGGCAUACCGGAGCCUAGCUCACUGACCAGGGAUCAAACCCUGGCCCUGGAAGGCAGGGUCUCAGCCGCUGGCCCACCAGGCCUGUCCCACCACCAUACUGGUUUUGUUAACUUACUGAUGGGCAUUUGGGUAGCUCGUACUUUGCGGCUGUUAAAAACAACCUAUGUCAGGAGUUCCCUGACAGUCCAGUGGUGAGGACUCUGCCCUUCCACUGCAGGCGGUGCAGCUUUGAUCUCUGGUCGGGGAACUAUGAUCUCACGAGCCAGGUGGCACAGCCAAA